UCAGAUCCUGGCAUAAAUAUGGGACAUUGUUCAAAAUCCUGUAUCGUUUUGUCCUAGCGCUUCAGGUUCAGCCAAACAAAGGAAAUGCAAGUCGUCGAACGAAGAAUCCGUCGUUGAAUCUCUCAACUACUUUCCAUAAGACACCGCAACAUGGACUACCCGCAGAAAACAGAGAUCCAGAAGAAAGCCGCGGAGGGCUCGCCGAUCACGCAACCCGAAGCAUCGGCUCUCGCGAGCGAUGAGACAGACAUGACGGGGUUCGGCCCCAUCAAAGGCGGCACCGCAGCCACGGCCCAGAGCAUCCAUGACAGGCAGAGGAACUUCACCACCACAGCUGGUGAUCUCGCCAGGAAACCGCCGGAGGAGAUCACGAAGGGGGAUGCGGCUGAUGUGCAGAAGAAGGAGGCGCGCGCUUUGGGGGGUGUUCCCCCUGGGAGAGGUUCGACGUCGGCCUAUGUACAGUCAAUGGCAGAUCAUAAUGCACGAGAGCGAGGGGCUUAGGAGCGGGAAGG